GAUUGAUUUCACCUGAUCAACAUGUCAAAGAAAAAGGCUCCAAAAAUGCCUCGAAAAAAAGACAGCGUCCCGGACAGAAAAACUCCCAAGACAAGUUCAGCUAAAGUUGUUGUUUCCAACGAAGAAGUUACUGUUGUCAGUGAAUUUGUCCGCGACUUUGUCCGACGUCAUGUGAUAACAAGUCGACGUCACCAGUCGGAUUUAUUUUGGCGUCCAGGAUCUAACAACAGUUAUAAUAUUAAUCUUUUACCUCAACCUACAGAAAUUAUUAAACGUAAAAAAUGGGAUAAGUUUGCCAGUGAUGAUGAUUGUCAUUGGACUACAGUGAAGCAUCCAGUUGUCAAAGGCGGGGUAGAGAAGAAGAAGCAGAGGAAAUCUCUACUGAAGUCGAUUAUGAACAUGCCGUCAACUGUAUCAUCUGAUUUGCCUUUAAAAUUGCAUAAUUUAUGGAAAGGUUAUUUUGGAAGUGUUGUCAACACGUCACAACUAACUGGAAUGAUGAAUAAUUCACAUGCGGGUGUUGUAAAUAAUUUGGAGACAAUUCUACGUCUUAAUCUUAUUGGAGCGAAACUUAAAGUUUUACGCUCGAAAUCGUGUCGGGCUGGUGUAGAAGGUAUUGUUGUCAUGGAGACAAAGAAUACAUUUUCAUUGGCUUCUUCAACAUCAUCAAAAGAAUUAUCUGCUUCUUCUUCUUCUUGUGCUGCUGCUCCUGCUACUGUACCUCUGAUUAUUGUUCCAAAGAUUGGUUCAUUAUUUCAUCUUAUAGUCUCUAAAAUCGGCCAAUGUCGAAAUGCUGAAAUUCUACUCAACGGAGAUUGUUUAGCUCAUCGUACAGUUGAUCGAGCUAUAAGAAAAUGGAGAUAUACGCCUACAACAGCUUAUGAAUAUAAUCAAAAUGCCCUGACAACAGAAGUUCUCUUUUCAGAUGUACUAAUUGAUGGCAAAAUAACUGGUUAACUUUUUUUGGAGAUUUUUCACUCAUGUAUUGUAUAUAUAUACAUUACAAUAGAAUUUGUAUUAUAAGCUAUUAUUGUAUUAUUAUUCUUCGCUUGGG